AUGGUCGAUAGCGAUGACUCUGUUGUUACAAUUGCUCUGUCUUCAUUAUCUGUCAUCACUCUAGACUGUCCGAUUUUAUUUGGACUUUGCCAUUCAAGACUCGUUCAUGCAAUGACAGAUUUAGCACUUGAGAGGCACCAGAGACUGGUGUCUAUGAACAUGCCAUUAAAUAGUGAUGGAACCGUGAUGUUUAAUGCUACAUUGUUUGCUUUAGUAAGAACGUCUCUUCGCAUUAAGACAGAAGGAAAUAUUGAUGAAGCUAAUGAAGAAUUGAGAGCUGUUAUAAAAAGGAUAUGGAAGCGAACAAGUCAAAAACUUUUAGAUCAAGUGGUGCCACCUGCAGGAGGUACAGUUGGAAUAAUUGUCUCUCAAUGGGUAAAUUCUCUAAUGAUACAUUUUGUGAUAAUUUCAUAAGAAGUGGUAAUGUAAUUAACAUGGGAUCUAAAUCUCUUAAAACAAUUGGGAUUAUUUAAAUUAAACUUUUAAGGGCUAAACAAUAUGGGUAUUAAACAUCUGAAAUCUGAACAUAACUAUUUUAUUUUGUCCUUUCUGCAUUAUUAUAAUUAAAAAUUGAAAUAAAUGUCUUAUAAAUCUCUAUUUGAU